GCUGAGUGACAGCGGCAAAAUUGCGGAAGUUUCUUUGCUGUGCUGAGAGUUCGAGCGCUUCCCACUCCCUGGAAUCCUUCCCGGGAAAGUCGGCCGGGGGUCUGAGGGAUCUCGGGUCUUCCCGGGAGAGCUCAGGUGGGAAGCUGGGAACCUUUUCCACCCAACUGCAACUGGCGUCACCGAAAGUGAAUGGAAUAUCAACAUCAAAACUGCAAAAUAAGUUUUCUUCAUUUCCAUUUAUUGUGCAAGAGGAAGUGCCCUGGUCCCCGUCAAUGCCUUAUCCAGACAACUCUGCAAACUUCAUUAUUUCUGGAGUUCCCCUUUGAAUGCCACCACUCAGUGGGGGGAAGACCAGUUUGGGAUUGAGACGUAACAGCUCCUAAGGUGUGGAAACUGCAUUAAGUUUUGACUUUUCCACGACAGGGCCAGAGAAAUGUCUCAACGAUACUCGGACAGUAAUCUGGAAGAAACGUCCCAGGCCUUGCUGCUGGAGCAGUUUGGAUCCGACCUGCAGAUUAACCCUGGCACAAAGAAGCAGAGCACAACCAAUGAGAAAUAUUCACUGCUGGGAGUGGAGAAUCUGGCACUGUCCAGUGCCAGCUCCAUGCCCUCGCUCUCAGACGUGCCGAAGGUGGUUCUGAGCACGGAGAGCGCGGCGGCAUUGAAACUAGGACAUCAGCAAAUCAUUCCCAACAAGCUGGCCGAGAACACCAAGACUAGAAGGCGGCGGCAGGGCACCUCGCCGCUGGGCAGGCAGGACAGUGGGCGCAGGGAGGUCCAUAGCAUGCCGCCCUCUGACCUCUGCUACGAGGACGGCAAGGAGCUGGGGGGCUCGGGCAGGUCCCUGCAGCGCAAUCGGCGCAACAAGUCGUACAAGGUGGCGACUGGUGGCUUCUCAGACUUCUUGGAGGAGAAGCAGCAGCUGCCAGUGCCCACCCUGACAGCCGUCUCGGAGACAACAGCUGUGCAGCCAGCCCGGAGCCCGGGCAGGACCAAGCGGACUCUGGGACGGAAGAAAGGCCCCAGAAAUCGGAGCUCCUUUAAGGAUGACCCGAGGCUGUACCAGGAGGUGCGGGAGAGGGGCCUGGCCAUCGUUCUGGAAUCAGAUGACGACACUCUGGAUGACGUGGAGCACUUGGAAUCCACGGAACCCAAUGAGAAUAUUGUAGUUCAGAAUUACCGCCAGCCGCAGAUGACCUGGAGCCAGUUACCACAGGUAAUCGAGAAAGGGAUUCUGCACACGCUGCCAAGUGAGGAACGCAAGAGGCAAGAGGCCAUCUUUGAGAUCAUUGUGUCUGAAUUCAACUACCAGCACAGCCUCAAUGUCCUAAUCAAUAUGUUCAGGAAUUCCAAGGAGCUGCAGAAGACCAUGACCUCGACUGAACGCCACCAUCUCUUCUCCAACAUCUGUGAUGUUCAGGAGGCUAGUAGGAGGUUUUUCGAUGACUUGGAAACAUGCCACAAGGAAAACCCAGUAAUCAGGGACAUUAGUGACAUUGUGGAACGCUAUGCGACAGAUCACUUUGAUGCUUAUGUUGUGUACUGCUCCAAUGAAAUCUACCAGCAGAGAACCCUGCAGAAGUUACUCAAUUCGAAUACACAGUUCAAAGAGGUUCUGCAGCAGAUUCAGAGCAAGCCAGACUGUGGAGGGCUGCCCAUCAUCUCCUUUCUCAUUCUGCCCAUGCAGAGGGUGACCCGGCUACCACUUCUGAUGGAUACGAUUUGUCAGAAAACCAAUCGUUUUCAGUUGGAAUAUGACACAGCCACUCGCGCACUGAAGGCCAUCAGUAAGCUGGUGAAGAGGUGCAAUGAAGGCGCUCGGAGAAUGGAGAGGACAGAGCAGAUGUACACGAUCCAAACACAGCUGGACUUUGGGAAGAUCAAGGGUUUCCCGCUGAUUUCUACUUCACGGUGGCUGCAGAAGAGUGGAGAGGUGUUUACGUUCAUUGAAGAUUCCGGACUCUUUGGCAAAGUGUUUGGGAAACAAACCUGCUUUCUCUUCCUCUUCAACGAUGUGUUGAUCAUCACCCGGAAACGAAGUGAGGAGAGUUACACGGUGCAGGACUAUGCCAUGUUAGACCAGCUGGAGGUGGUCCCCUUGGAGAGCAAUGAUGCCCCUCACUCCCCUCCGGGGAAAGCCACAGGGGGCGGGACACACCCUCGCACUGGCUCCAACCUGUACCUCUUCAAGAUCAUCAUGAAAAAGAACAGUGCCGGCGAACUCGAGCAUAUGGUCUUUGGCACAGACUCGCUGAGUGUCCGAGCUCGAUGGAUCAAUGCCCUUCUGAAGAAACACGAUGACCUCAUCAAUAAAGAAGGCCUCCAGCAGGUGGAGAUCAUCAAAGCAUACCUGGCCAAGCAGCCGGAUGAGCUGGCACUGCAGCAGGCAGACGUGGUGGUCAUUCUCGAGAAAGUGGACGGCUGGUACCACGGAGAGAGGAUACGUGAUUGGGAGAGAGGCUGGUUCCCUGAGUCGUGCGCCAAGGAGAUAACGAAUCACAUUGCCGUGCAACGAAACGUCCAGCGAAUGGAGAGGCUGCGGAUUGAAACCGAUGUUUAGCCGACCUUCUGACCCCCUGCCUGGCUGUUGCAUCGAGACCAGAGUUCUACCUCCCUUUAACACACCACAAUGGGUCCCCAUUUUAACAGGUUAUGGGUGGCAGUGCCACAUCUGUUGCUCGUGCCCAUGCUUCUUGGCGCUUGGCCACAUCAUUGGCUGAAGGGGCAUUCAGAUGCACUUCAGCGUUCCCAGGAGCUAAGCCUGUUGGAAUGGGUUGUUCAGGGACAGGGACCUCCAAUUAUUUAAGCCUGGUAAGAAGACAAGUGCAUGUUUGUAAUAUAGUUUGCAAUGAACAAGUCCCAUCAAAUGCAGCCAAGAUUAAAUUCCUAUGCCUGCUCCUUGAUGGUGACCAGAAAUGAUUGGUAUUUAUGUUGACAAUCUCACCCGCUUGUGAGUGUUCCGUAUAAGGCACUUUCAGAAAAGUAAUUUGAAAUGUUGUAUGUUAUUUUAAACUCAGGGCCCAUGUGAAUUACUGGGAGAGGUUGGGGUUUUGGAGUUAACUCCAGUGAUGCCGAAUUGAGUCAGGGCAGGUUCAGUUCAAGGACAUUUCUGAAGAUAUUCCAUCAUGAAUGUUUCAGGCCCAGUCGGGGUGGGUUUAAGAUAUUUGCAUCAUCUGCGAUCAGUCAGUGAGUGGUGACUUCAGUGUAGAUCCAGAUUUAGUGAACCAAGCCACUGCUCAUUCACUCUUGUCAAUCAGGACGUCAUGCAAGCCAGAAAUUGUACAAAAUCUGUUUCCCAAGCCAACCUCCUUAACAUAAUGGUGAGAGCAAGUGAAUGCAACUGCGUGAGUAUGUGUGAGGCCUGGCGGAAGGACGAGAAAACAUACUGGGGAGAAGAGGGUCAAGGGCAAAGAAGGAAUGGAUGUGGGCAGUGUGUGAGCUGGGAGAGUGGGACAGCAAGUGCAGAGGUAGUGACUGUAUUAAGAUGAGCUAAGCUCAUUGCCCUCAGAUCAUUUGGUGAGGAAUAUCCAACCGAAGGAAUAGUUUUAGUCACCAGGACUUCUACUCCUAGCUUUCACCUUGCAACGUCAGUUUUGUGAGCAGGAACACUUGAUCGAUCAGAGCUCCAGAUGUGGGGGCUUUGCAUUCUGAUUAGCUUUCUUUACGCUGAAUAGAGCUGGGGUGGAGAUAGAUUAUUCAUUUCUUCAACCAAGCUCGGCCCUUUAAGAAACAACCACCUGCAGAUGCUGGCAAUCUAAAGUAAAAUCAGAAAAUAGUGGAAAUUCUUAGUUGGUCAGGCUGUAUCUGUGGAGAGAGAAACAGAGCUAAAGUUUCAGGUCAUUGAGGUCAUCAAUAAGAAACAUAGACCUUGCUUCUCUCUUCACAGACACGGAGUGUUUCCAGCAUUGUGCUUUUGUUGUUUUCUCAAAAGCUUGGAACGAUUGACAGAUCAGCAGACGCAACUGGAACAUCCGUGGAGGCUGCCAACCAACUCCAUUUUCUAUCCCCCCUCCCUCCCCCAUUGAUCCUGCAUGGAUCGAGCUGGUGCAAAGAGAGCCACCUCAUGAUGGCUCCCAGAUUCCCAGAUGGCUGGAAGAUACCACCAACCUCCACAGAGUGGUACCUUCAUGGCUGCUUCUGCCCUGUUAAAUAUUCUCAAUUCAGGGGAUUGGGAAAAUGGGAUGGAAGGAGAAAGAAGAUUGACCAGAAUCCCAAAUUUUCCCCCUCUGUGUAUGUGUGUAAAUCGCCAGGGCUUUUCAUCAAAGUUGGUGGAUGCUCGCAGGCCAGCCUGUGCCCACACUAGAGACAGAGGGAAAUGUGAGUUCCCGUUCCAUUCUCUCCAGUGUGAUGAGCAGCAACCGAUGUCUAUACACUUACUCUUACCAUGCUGUGUGACAGUCCCUGCUGAUCUUUAUUCCCAGUUUCUUGUGGCCAUGGGAGUGAAUAUGCCUCACUUUAGUUUAUGGUCUUGGUUGACUAACAUCUUUCUGAAUCUAAACUAGCAGAAGUUUGAGCUUGUGAAGUAAGGUUGUGAAACUAGAGGAUACAAAUCACUAUGGGAUAGACAUGUUUCCCUGCUUACUUUAAUUUUGAUGUAAGAUUAAUAACUUGUAACACAAGUUGUACAAUCUUUAAGAUGCAUUGGAAUCUGCCAAAAUGUUUACUAAUUGCCACAGAUUCUUGAAGAUUUACAUUUUAUAACAAUUUAUAAAUAAACUUUAAC